GUCCUCUUUUCUCUAUUUGAAGCUUAAUGCAAAAGCAAAAAUGUCGAACUCAAAAGCCCCACAAGACGUUGAGCUCCUGAAAUCCGAUAUAGCAUCAUUUGCUUCCUCUCUCGGCUUAGCUGCCAAUUCUUCCCUCCCUUAUUCGGGCUUCAACGAUGUCGAUUUUCGAAAAGAUGGUCCCCUUAAACCUCCAAAAACCCCAAAACCCAAAAACCAGAGUUCUCAACUUGAGAAGAAAUCUAACAAUACCCAAACUCCAAAAACUGAUAAAAACACGAAAAACAAUCAAAGACCAAAGCCCAAGCCUCCAGUUUUGUCUCUUGAAGACGGCAACCAGAGUAAUAGGUCUUCUAGAGAGCCCGAUAAGUUCAAGAAUUUGCCAGCUUUGCCUUUGGUGAAAGCGAGUGCUUUGAGUGCGUGGUACGAGGAUGAAUCAGAGUUCGAAAAGAAAGUGUUUGGAGAGGAGGGGAAGGUGAAAAAGGCUGUAGCUGUUAGAAACGUGGAGGAAUUGAAGAGAUUAGCCGAGAAGAAGAGGGAACUUGGGGAAAGAUUGAUGUGGCAGUACGCUAAAGAUUACGAGUUAUCGAAAGGAAAGUCUGGGGAUAUGAAGAUGGUUUUGGCUAGUCAGAGGUCAGGGACGGCUACUGAUAAAGUUUCUGCCUUUUCAUUCGUUGUUGUGGAUAAUCCUGUUGCUAAUUUGAAAUCGCUCGAUGGGCUUUUGGGGUUAGUAACAUCAAAAGUAGGAAAGCGAUAUGCAUUUACUGGAUUCGAAGCUUUAAAAGUACUUUUUAUUUCAAAGUUAUUGCCUGAUCGAAAGCUGAAAACACUUUUACAACGUCCUGUGAACGAGCUUCCGGAGACAAAAGAUGGCUAUUCCCUACUGCUUUUCUGGUAUUGGGAGGAAUGCCUGAAGCAGAGGUAUGAGCGUUUUGUUAAUGCUGUUGAGGAGGCAUCGAGAGAUAUGUUACUGGCUUUGAAAGAUAAGGCACUAAAGACCAUGUAUGCACUGCUAAAGAGCAAACCGGAGCAAGAACGUAAGCUGCUAUCUUCUCUAGUUAACAAACUUGGAGAUCCUCAAAGUAAGGGUGCAUCAAAUGCAGACUUUUAUUUAUCAAACCUUCUAGCAGAUCACCCUAAUAUGAAGGCUGUGGUUAUUGAUGAAGUGGAUACUUUCCUUUUUCGGCCUCAUUUAGGACUACGUUCCAAGUACCAUGCUGUCAAUUUUUUGAGCCAAAUUCGUUUGUCCCACAAAGGAGACGGGCCAAGGGUAGCAAAACGUUUGGUAGAAGUAUACUUUGCACUUUUCAAGGUACUGAUUUCUGAGGCAGGAAAAAAUCAGCAACCAGAUAAAGAAAACAAAGCAGUGAAAAAUACUCAUAGGUCAAAGGAGAACAAGAGAAAAGGUAGCGGAGAAUCACAUGUUGAAUUGGAUUCAAGGCUUUUGUCUGCUCUUCUUAUGGGAGUUAAUAGAGCUUUUCCUUAUGUUUCAAGUAAUGAAGCUGAUGACAUAGUUGAUAUAGAAACUCCAAUUCUCUUCCAACUGGUUCAUUCCAAGAACUUCAAUGUAGGAGUUCAAGCACUAAUGCUUCUUGAUAAGAUAUCUUCGAAGAAUCAGGUUGUCAGCGACCGAUUUUACCGGGCUUUAUACUCAAAAUUGUUACUUCCUGCUGCUAUGAAUUUGUCCAAGGCAGAAAUGUUUAUUGGACUUCUUUUGAGAGCCAUGAAAAGCGAUGUCAAUUUGAAACGCGUGUCUGCCUUUUCAAAACGUAUAUUGCAGGUUUCACUUCAACAACCUCCACAGUAUGUCUGUGGCUGCCUUUUUCUUAUAUCAGAAGUCCUCAAAGCAAGGCCACAAUUAUGGAAUUCGAUGCUCCAGAAUGAGUCGGUUGAUGAAGGUCUUGAACAUUUUGAAGAUAUCGUAGAGGAAACUGUUACUGAACCUAACUUGGCAUCAAAGAAAGAAGAAAAUAACGCUGAUAUCUAUGUUGGUAAAGCUGCCAAUAGUGAUUCUUCAGAAGAUGAAGGUGUUUUGCCAUCUUAUUCUGAUGCCGAUGUUUCGGAAGAUGCAAAUGAGUUGAUUAUAAGAGAGACUCCGAAGGAUAUCCGUGUACAGGAACCCAAGACAAUAUCCGAUCAAAACUCAUCAAAACCUCCAAAAUCCACUAUCAAGUCUUUCUUGCCUGGGGGAUACGAUCCCAGGCACAGGGAACCUUCUUAUUGCAAUGCUGAUCGUGCAAGCUGGUGGGAGCUGAUGGUACUUUCGACUCAUGUUCACCCUUCGGUUGCCACCAUGGCUUCAACUCUUCUAUCCGGGGUCAAUAUUAUUUACAAUGGAAACCCAUUGAAUGACCUAUCACUUACCGCCUUUCUAGACAAGUUCAUGGAAAAGAAACCAAAAGCAAGCUCAUGGCAUGGUGGAUCCCAAAUUGAGCCUGCCAAAAAGCUGGAUAUGAACAACCAUUUGAUUGGGCAAGAGAUUCUGUUGUUAGAGGAAACAGAUGUUCCUCCUGAAGAUCUCGUCUUCCACAAAUUUUUUUUGAACAAAAAGCAUUCCUCGAAGAAACCAAAGAAGAAGAAGAAGAAAGCAGCAGAGGAAGAAGCUGCUGAAGAAUUGUUUGAUGUUGGUGGCAAUGAAAUUGAUGAUGAUUAUGUGGAUGGUGGUGAUGAAAGUGACAACGAAGAGAUCGAGAAUUUGUUGGACGCAACCAAUCCUUCUGUAGAUUCAGAUGGGGACUAUGACUAUGAUGAUCUAGACCAUGUUGCUGAAGAUGACAAUGAGUUGAUACGUGAUGACAGUGAUGCAGAUAUGGACUUACCCUCGGACUAUGCUGAUGGAGAGGAUUUUGAUGCUGAUGCCGGGAGUGAUCAGAUCGAUGAAGAUGGUGGUGACGAUGUCAUAGCUCUUGGAAAUGCAGAUGAUCUUAGUGAUGAUGAGAGUGAGUUUCAUCAAAGAAAAAGGAAAAGAAAGUCUGUUAAAAAGACUUCAGCUUCUCCCUUUGCUAGUCUUGAAGACUAUGAGCAUUUGCUAUAUGAGGAUAGUCCCACCGAGGAAGAACCGAUGAACACUAAAAAGUCCAAAACCGGGAAAAAGAAGUCUGAAAGAAUCUGCAAGUAUGAAAAGGUCCAAACCCGGGGAAAAAAAGUCUGAGAAAGAAUCUGUAUGAAAAAGUCCAAACCUGGGAAAAAGAAGUCAUCUAAGUAACCACCCCGCUUAUUCGAAAUCUCAUGGUAUGACGUUGUGAACAUUUGUUUAAUUUUGCGUCGGAGGAUUAAUGCCCUGAAACUCGUACACUCCAUCAACGAUGGAUGAAACAUGUCUUGCGCCGGACAGAUGAAUGAACAAAUAUCCUCACCUUUUCAGCGUCAGAAUUGAAGGUAAAUCAGGUAAAUGAUUCCACAUUCCAGUAUUUGCAACAUCUUCUGUGGGCAAAUAUAUCGUGAACUGAGGGAUGGGAAUUGUUCAAGGUAGAAAAUUUUGUUUUAUUGUCUUUUACAAUGCCAUAAUUCUAUUGGUGUUCUCAUAUUCAACAACUUGAUGGAAAUUUUUGGUGUUAAGGUAGUAGCUUUUGUGAUGGCGAUUGAAAAUUUAUUGAAACAACAGAACAAAAUGGAUAACUGAUUCAUUGGGAGUUCACCUCGUCGCAU